UUGUUUUGAUAAGCAAGAACAUUUUAUUUAUUACUUAUUAUUUCUUUCACAUUUCAGGCGUAGGAAAAACAUGCUUGGUUCGAACAUAUAUCAUUGGAAAAUUCGAAGAAAAUUUUAAUACGAUAACUGGCUGGGACUACUUCACUAAACAACUUAAGGUAAAGGAAAAAACUGUUGAAUUACUUAUUGGAGUUAACGCUGGCAAUGGGAGAUAUCGUGCAUUCGUGCCAAUGACAACUAAAAAUGCACACGGUAUUCUUCUGGUUUAUGAUACAGCAGACAUUUGUACCUUUGAGAAACUUCGAGAAUGGCGUGAGACAAUGAGGAAAUUAGCUCCAGAAGCUAUCAUAUUCAUAAUUGGUGCUCGAUCUGACCUUCUCCAUAAAAGGGAAGUACUUUUUAAAGAAGGCCAAAAUUUUGCCAAAAGUGAAAAUCUCAAAUUUUUUGAAUGCAGUGCCAAGACUGGUGAAAAUGUUAAAGAAAUUUUUGAACAAAUGACUUUGAGAAUACUCGAAAAGAAAGAAUUGAUACCAUUUAAUAAUCCUGUUAAAAUGGAAAUAGAAGGAAAGUCUCCCGAAUGGAAGCAAAACAAGUACGUGCCUGCUACGCGCACUACCGAGGAAGAAAUACUCAAUGGAUCUGCUAAUAAAACAGAAAUUCUUCCCCAAAAAGAUACAAAUUAUUCAGAAGAUAGCGAUUUAGUGUCCAGAACUGAAGUCGAGAACUUGAUUGUGAUAAAAGAUAUUAUUGGUACUCAAUCAAGCAGUAAAUUAAAACCCUUAGUGCUAAACGAAAAUUACCAUCCUUCGAAUGAUGAAAAAGAUGUGAUUCCAAAAGUAGAAAAGUAUAUGCCUUCUGAAGAAGAGAUGCUACUAGAAGGAAAAUGUCCAGCCUGGUUUGCUUGAAGAAAAAAUUGUUAUUUGCGCCUAUUUGGCUCCUUUUAAAUUAUGAUGUUUAAAGACAAGCUUGUUUUUCCCUCACAGUUUAAAAGUUUUACCUGACAAUUUUUAUUGGUAUUUUGUUUUCGCAAAUUCUACUUAUAAUGAAUGUAUACAAGACGUACAAGUUUAGUACAAGACGUAACAGGUUGUACUUCUUGGUACAAUAAAACACAGGCGAUGAUAGCGUUCUGUGUCAGAGAUUCAAUUGAAGACACUAUGUUAAAUGUACAGAUUUUAAUUUCAUUUUUAGAUUAAGCCAAACACAGUAUUUUUUAAUGUUUGGAAUUAAAAUUUUUUAAAAAAUUGUU